UAGGACCGACAGGAAAACUAAAGAAAGGCGAGUAACGUUAUCUGAAAUAAAACGAUGGCUGCAAUCAGAAAGAAACUGGUGAUAGUUGGUGAUGGAGCUUGUGGAAAGACGUGUCUGCUGAUCGUGUUCAGCAAGGAUCAGUUCCCUGAAGUUUAUGUUCCCACAGUGUUUGAAAACUAUGUGGCAGAUAUUGAGGUGGAUGGUAAACAGGUGGAGCUGGCUCUGUGGGACACAGCAGGUCAGGAGGACUAUGAUCGACUGAGACCUCUCUCUUAUCCAGACACUGACGUCAUCCUCAUGUGUUUCUCCAUCGACAGUCCCGACAGUUUAGAGAAUAUUCCUGAGAAGUGGACUCCUGAGGUCAAACACUUCUGUCCCAAUGUGCCAAUUAUUCUUGUGGGGAACAAGAAGGACCUUCGCAAUGACGAGCACACACGCAGAGAGCUGGCAAAGAUGAAGCAGGAACCAGUUAAGUCUGAAGAGGGGCGGGACAUGGCUAGCCGGAUCAAUGCCUUCGGUUACUUGGAGUGCUCAGCGAAGACGAAGGAUGGUGUGAGGGAGGUGUUUGAGAUGGCCACCAGGGCGGCGCUGCAGGCCAAGAGACGAGGCAAGAAGGGCGGCUGCCUUCUGCUAUAGAGUGUCAGCUCACACAAGAUCAGGAGGGAAGGGGGAACCAAACCAGGCCAAGAUCAGCAUCCCUCCUCUAUGUGUGUCACCAGGGUGGGCCAAAUUAAACAGGGCUUGUAGAGAUGAGAGAGGAAAGAGAAACCAGGCCAAAGGAGGAAAAAGGAAGGUCAAAUGCAAUGAAAAAAGGGAGUGUGUACAUUUAAGGUUCUAGCUUUUAGCUUUCAAGUGAAAAUACUGUAAUCUGUGGUUAGGACUCAUAACUCCCAACAUUUAGAGGACAUGAUUUGUCAUUCUUAUUUUUCAAAGUGUGGCAGUCUAUGUAAGUCAUAUCUCCAGUACUCUGACUGGAGUACAGUGGUUUACUCCAGAGGAGAGGAGUGUGACUGCUCCACACAUGUAUGCCUGACUUCAUGGCUUCUAGUGUGACUGUGCUUGUCUUUCACUUUUGUCCCAUCAUUCCAUCCGUUUUUAAAAUUCUCUUUUUUUCCCUGCAGAAACAUACAGCAGCCUAACUUUAUGUGGACAAGCCUUUCUCUUUGACAAACUGUAGGAUUUGAUAUAAAUUCAGUUAAUUUAAAAAGCAGAAAGUUUGAUUUGUGGAAAUUAAGCAUAAAUAUAUAAUUGUAAGGAGACCAAUUGAUUUGAGUGUUUUAUACAAGCUCGUUAAUGAAUGCAACACACUCAAUCAGCUUAACUGUAUGUGAUUGAAUUGACGUGGACUGUCAGACACACUGUAUGCAGUUGGUUAUUGAAGGAUGAACUUAAUUAGUAAAAAUCCUCUAGUCAAUAACCAUAAAUCCUCAAAUAGUGGUCAGGGCCUUAAUUUACUGAAACUAUAGAGAGGAGCAGGCCUUAUUGUAAAACAGGGUUUUAUUAGAGACGGGACUGAAUCUCUGCUCCUGUUUUAAUUACAGUUGAUGAACUCAGCUCUUCCUCCACCUGUAGUCAUGUACAUUCCACAGCACUCAUUCCAUCAAUGAAACAACACUUACUAGCUUCUAAUCUGAAACAUCUGCAGGAAACAAUGAGAAAUAAUUAGUGAAAGAAAACAGUAUUUUUGUUAGAAACUCAGGAACAGGCGAGUGCAGCCAGGUUUCCAUCCAAAUAUAGGUCAAAUUUUAACCAACUUUAAAAUUGGCAAAAUACAAAUGGUUUUCCAUGAACUUUUAUAUAACCUAAUGGCAUGACUGAAUCACUGAUGCAAUUCGUGCUGUGAAAAUGUACAUUAUGUAAUGAAUUUCCAGGUAUUUCUGCUUCCUCUCUAUGUAUUUAUCCCUGCCUUUACUUGCUGUUUCUAAUGAGACUCACAUGAUUUAAAUAGCAGUUAUUAGGGAAUUGAUGGUAUAUGUUUAUGCCAUGGUGUUAUUGGAAGUGUAUUUUACCUUGUUUCCAUUCCGCCAGUUCACUCAAUGUUGACAGCUUUUCUUUUCUUGCUUCUUAUUCUGUUUUAUGAUUGUUUUUUUUUAACUCCAUGUGAUAUUCUACUGGCUUAUGUUGUAUAAUUUGCACACAUCUUAAAAGAAAAGCUCUGCGUGAUUUAAACACUUUGAAAAUAAUGUCAAAUUAUAACAUGCAAGAUGCAAGCAUCUCCUAAACAAUUGGUUAUUUGUAAGAGGAAUAUUCUUUUGUAUACAAAUGUAUCCUCUAGUUGUCUUUUUUAAUGUAUUCUAAAGGAAAUAAAUUGUAACAAUG